CGAAACAUGUGCAGUGGAGCUGAGGGAGGCCCGUGGCCUCUCGGCAAAGACGCACCCUCUGUGACCGCCGCCGCGAUCGACCAUUACCGUCUUCAGCUUUACAAUUAUGCCAUUGCUGAACGUUUACGUCUUUACCCACCUUCAGUUGCCCCGUGCUACGGACCUUAUGGACCACGACUCGCCCUUUCCAUGUCUCUACUGCAGCAGCGAGCCCUGCAACCGGAAGAACCGAAGCCUCAACACAGCUACAUUGGUCUCAUCGCUAUGGCAAUACUGAGUUCACCCGAACAAAAACUUGUUUUGUCUGAUAUCUAUCAACACAUUCUAGACAACUAUCCGUACUUUCGGUCCCGGGGACCAGGAUGGAGAAACUCAAUUCGCCACAACUUAUCUCUGAACGAUUGUUUCGUGAAAGCGGGAAGAUCGGCUAAUGGGAAAGGACAUUAUUGGGCGAUCCAUCCAGCAAACGUUGAAGAUUUUCGGAAAGGUGAUUUUCGAAGACGUAAAGCGCAACGAAAGGUGCGCAAACAUAUGGGAUUGGCUGUGGACGACGAUGGGGAAGACUCUCCAUCUCCACCGCCGCAGUCUCCCCCACCUACAGCCUUGCCUUUACCCUUUUGGAGCGGAAGUCGCGUACCAGGGGUUGUUCAGACGCGAAAAAGACAAUUUGACGUAGCUUCCUUAUUGGCGCCGGACGACGCACCGGAUAAAAAACCUCGACGUGACAGUAGCUGCGAAGAAGAGGUCGAAGAAGAUAUAGACGUAGUUGCUAGUGAUCAAGAAGAUGUGAAAUUAGGGGAAGAUGAGACCCGGACGCCGGUCGCUCCGACGGCUCACUACCCGCUGCUUGGAGGCUGGUGGCCUGCGCUGGAUCCAGCCAUUCUUCAGCAAUUGAGAAGACAUACAUCAUCAGCUGUGUCUUCGGCUCCUCCUAGUCCGUCAGAUCAACAACGCCCACCGGACACCUAAAUAAACAAAAGUUAGCCAGUGUUCAUUGUGUAAAAUAAUGUCGAACAUUUAUGUACAAAAUGUGAAUAGUGAGAAGGUUUAGUUUUCAUACUUUGAUCAUUUAAUUUUUUUUAAAGAAAUUAUUUCCGUUGUUUGGUUAUAAUUGGUGCUUUAAAAAUCUUAUUUUUCUUUUGUUUCUCUUGAAAAUACCUAAUUGUUUUUGCAAUAUUGGGCGCCAGUUAGAAAUAAUAAUAACGUUCUGUCAUUUUGAAAUAAUAGAAAUUUUAAUAAAUUGUAAUGAUAUAGCUAAAACGCUAUUUUAAUAUUUAUAGGUAAUUAAUACAAGUCAAAUUUAGAUUAGUAGGUGAACCUACUGUUUACUCUUUAUUAAAGUCUGAAAACGACCAAGCGAUUGUAAAUAAGGCUAUGUACUUAGUGUCUAUGUUUUUGUAUAUAUUUAAUGGUUAGUCUCUGUUACUAUACAUAAUGACGUAUACUUACUUAUGUUGUUGCUAGAUAUAUGUAACAUAUUCUUAAAG